AUGCAACAUGGUGAUGAUACAAAACCUCAACAUAUCUUAGGUGAUAAAAUAUUAACUCCGAACUGUACAGCAUUAGUUUUAAAGGGUUUGUAUAUUUUACCCGAAAUUAUAUUUGGUUUAAGUAAGAUCAAAAUAGACAUAAAAUGUAAACAUUUGGAAGACUCGCAACUGAAUGAUAAACACUUUUAUAUAAGAAGCACAUUACAACCAGAUGGGUCAGAUAUAUCAAAGGUUGAAAGAGAGUAUAUUUCACCUGGUGAAAAUGAAUGGGUACGCAAAGCAUACGUAAAACCUAUAGGGGCUUGGAUAAACGUUCCUUACGUCAUAGGUUCUAUGGCGAGCGCCAGUUAUGAGUUCUUGUUAGAAGAAAAUGAUCAGAAAAUUUUAUCUUUGCCAAGCGGAGAUAUAGAUGUUCAAUGUGAUAUUGUCAAAACACCCGAAACAGAAAGAAUUGUGAAUCAAUAUUUAAACAAGUAUUACAGGUUUUUUCCGAUGGCUGAAGAGUUUAAUAAAUUCUGGUAUACUUAUGUUGAGAAUAAAGAAUUGCACAAGUAUGCAAAGCCUGAUGAAUCCAGAGAUAUUUAUGAUGAGAUUGUAAGAUUCAAGGAUGACAUGAAAGAAUCAUUGGACAAAUUUUUAGAAAACAAAACAGAAAUAUGGUCACCUGAUCACGGAAUAACGAAAGUGUCUCAGAAAGGAACGUUUGAUGAUUUAGUAUUUAGCAAGACACCUUAUAUGAUUUGUAGAGCUGGGUAUUCAUUUUUUGGUAUAAAUUUCGGAUGGUGCUACCAGUAA